AUGGAGAUUGACCGCGGAUAUCGAAGGAAGGAGCGAACUUGCGGAAUAGGAAGUCGAGUGCAAGAGCCUCAUCUGUACACUGAUAUAGGCGAGCCCAUUUCAAGCCCCGGUCGCGUGAGCGAAUACAACCCUGAAUCCGUCCUCGCAGCUCUAUCAGAAGACGCUGAGCCAGGAUCAAGCGCCUUAAAUCAGACAGCACAUGCGACAUCAUCCCAACCUACGCCACAAGCUAUGGUCUUCACUUCUUUCGCCGCAUACGAAGCACAGCGCCGACUGAAGUGGUACGAGCAGCAUAAGAUCCGGACCACCACGCCGAGCCUAUCCGAGUCGUAUCGAAGAUAUCUCGAAGAAGAAGGAGCUUUCGCGUCACUACCCAAAACAACAACAGACGCUCUCCUACCAUUGUAUAUCUCAACGUUGAAUGACCUCACCCCCAUCACGGAUGGCGCCGCCGUCUUCCGCGACCACAGUAACGGACAAGCAUCCAUCUACUUGGUGAAGGCAAUAUGCCUUGUAGUCUGCAAAACUAAACACGCUGCUCCUUUCUUACGACUGACUGACUCCGGACCUCUACUCAAACCUCUAGACUUUGCAUCAAAGCUUCUAGCUGGACUAGAUGCUGCCAUCAAAGCAGACUUGGAACCUAAUCGCAUCGUCAAGAUCCAGAUCCUAGCACUGAUGCACCUGCAUAACGACGGAUUAGCCGGCGUGGAUCGCGCGUCAAGUUACUUGUCGCAGGCCAUCUGUGAAGCGUGGUCAAUGUGCAUACACCUCAAGAUACCCGACAACCCUGACAACGACGAAUGCAAGUAUCUAUGGUGGUCACUGCGGAACUUUGACCGCCUUGGUAAACCCAUUAUGGCAGCAGCACCCUUCUUCAUCGAUGAUGCAGAUAUUGGUGUUGAACGCAUAGAGCCGAAGAAAGACGACUAUCGCUCUCAGAUCAUGGCUGUCGCUCUUGCUCUUGGAGACCUCAUGACGACCGCGACUAGAGCCUACAAAGCUGGUUCUACAACGGCGGUCGAUAGUUGCUGGGAGUUCCCAUCGCUGUCAGAAAUUACGGGUGGGAGUAAUUUCGAUCAGUUCCACAUGUCGCAUCGAGGUAAGACACUUCACCAAUUUCCUCUUCAAUCUACUUAA